ACUUCCGGCGGCGUUGCGCUGAGUCUGAGCCACGGCGCUUGGCGGCUCCCGCCGCCUUCGUGCGGGUCCUGCUGGCGGCGCCGCGGGUCAGGCAGAGGCUACGGGGCCUUGUGUGCCCCUUUCUUUGGAGCGUGCCCGCAGUCACAGACCUUCAUCGAGCCCUGGCCAACUCCGACGUGUGGAGAGGAUGCCCAAACUGCAGGGUUUUGAGUUUUGGAGCCGCACCUUGGGGGGUGCCCGACAUGUGGUGGCACCCAUGGUGGACCAGAGUGAGCUAGCUUGGAGACUUCUGAGCCGCCGCCAUGGAGCCCAGCUAUGCUACACCCCUAUGCUACAUGCCCAGGUCUUCGUUAGAGAUGCUAACUACCGCAAAGAGAACUUGUAUUGUGAUGUGUGCCCCGAGGACAGGCCUCUCAUUGUGCAGUUCUGUGCCAAUGACCCAGAGGUGUUUGUCCAGGCGGCUCUCCUAGCACAAGAUUACUGUGAUGCCAUUGACCUGAACUUGGGCUGCCCACAGAUGAUAGCCAAGAGAGGUCACUAUGGUGCUUUUCUGCAGGAGGAGUGGGACCUUCUUCAAAGAAUGAUUCUGUUGGCUCAUGAGCGACUCUCUGUUCCUGUCACGUGCAAAAUUCGUGUCUUCCCAGAAAUUGACAAGACAGUGAGGUACGCCCAGAUGCUGGAGAAGGCUGGCUGUCAGCUGCUGACUGUGCAUGGGCGCACCAAGGAGCAGAAGGGGCCCAUGGCAGGAACAGCCUCCUGGGAACACAUCAAGGCCGUUCGGAAGGCUGUGGGAAUCCCUGUGUUUGCCAAUGGGAACAUCCAAUGCCUGCAGGAUGUGGAGCGGUGCAUCCAGGACACCGGCGUGCAGGGAGUCAUGAGUGCAGAGGGGAACCUGCACAACCCUGCCCUCUUUGAGGGCCGGAGUCCUGCUGUGUGGGAGCUGGCCGAGGAGUACCUGGACAUUGUGCGGCAACACCCUUGUCCACUAUCGUAUGUCCGGGCCCAUCUCUUCAAACUGUGGCACCACACGCUACAGGUACAUCAGCAACUUCGAGAAGAGCUGGCCAAAGUGAAGACCCUGGAGGGCGUGGCUGCUGUGAGCCAGGCGCUAAAGCUUCGGUGUCAGGAGGACAUGUCUAGGCAGCAAGAAGGAGUGAGGCCAGCUGACAACUUACCUGCUUUCCAUUGGAUCUGCCAGCCGUACAUCCGGCCAGGACCUAGGGAAGGGAGCAAGGAGAAUAGUGGUGGUCGAAGCAAGCGGGCUCUGGAGGAAGAAGAAGGCAGCAUGGAGGGCUUGUCCAAGAAUAAGCUGAAGAAACAACUGAGGAACCCUCACAAAACCUUUGACCCUUCCCUGAAACCCAAAUAUGCCAAGUGUGACCAGUGUGGAAAUCCAAAGGGCAAUAGGUGUGUGUUUAAUCUGUGCCGUGGCUGCUGCAAGAAGCGAGCUUUCAGAGAGACAGCAGAUUGCCCAGGUCAUGGAUUGCUUUUUAAGACCAAAUUAGAGAAGUCUUUGGCCUGGAAAGGGACCCAGCCUGGACUGCAGGAAGCCCAGCAGGCUCUUCACCUUGACAUGGAUCUGGUUGCGGAGCACAGCUGCUCUCAGAAUCAUAGCUUUGGCACGUCGUUGGAAUUCCUUGCCCAUCAGCAGGGACUUCUCAAAGGUGGUGCUACGCUGAUCCACAUCUCGAGCAUACAGUAUCUGGACAAGAUGAGAAGGCUCAGAACAGCCCAAGGGGCCUCCACACCACACACUCGGCAGUCCCAACCCCGUGGACCCACCUUGCUGUGUGAGUCGAUGCGGGCAUUAAUAAGGCCCUCCAGAAUGAGCUGUGUCAGCUCAUCUUCCAGAGCUGCAACUGUUGUGUUGAAGGCUGCAGCCAUCUUGUGCAUAUCAGCUGACACAUAGGGGCUGAAGUACUACAGGACAGAAGCCACAAGCUGUCCACUGCUCCUCAGAAGGUCUGCAUUCCACACAGCCCUAACCAUCCAAGCCCCCUUGCCCCAACACCGACGCUUACUUGGAUAAGAGCCCGGUUACGAAUCUGGGUGUACAGUGUCCUGACGUGAGGGGCCAGGUACAUGUCCAGGAGCAGGUUAUCCUGCAGAGGAGAGCUGGUCAGAGACCCCCGAGGUGUGCACACCUAGCUCAGUUCCAGUGUGCCUUACCCUUGCGCCUUACCUUCAUCUCGUCCAGCAUCUUCAAGCAUGAGGCAUACUUGGAUUCAUAGAAUUUGAAGAUGAUGUCUCUGACCUGUGGCUCCAGCUCCAGGAACAGCUUGAAGGAACUGAGGAUACCACAAUGCUCAACUAAGAAGGGACGGAAGGGCCUGGCUGGACAAGAGAAGGUGGGAGCCCACUACCCAACUUACCUGCUGGAGAUGACAUUUCGUUGCAGCUCCUGCCGGUCAAAGGUGGCUAAGGCACACAGGCCACCAUAGACAGCCACAUUGCUGGGGGACAGCAGCUGGGAGGCAGAAGGGGAAGUGGGUCCAGAAACCUGGGGUCCUGGGCCAUUGACGGGCACACAGACCAAGGAGGAAGCCCAAAGUUGGGGCCUACUCUACCUUUCCCACUACCCAUAAAGACGAUGCUUAGACCCUCA